AAUACUUAUAUGGACGCAGGAACAAGGAACGCCCAGCAACCCUCUGAACCAUGUUGGUGAGCAGACUGGUCACUGGUGUUCGUGGGAACCUCGCCGCGGCCUUCUCGCUGCUGCCUCGGGAUCCUGCCAUCACCUCCAGGGGCACAGCAUGGCUUAGCUUUUGACGCGGUUUGGUGCUCUGGUCAACUCCCGGCAGUCCAUCUGAAGCAAGGGAUCAGCGAGGCAAAGCACACCGCCCCCCAGCCGUGAUUAUAAGGGGAAGGCAGCGGCAGCGGGGACAGGAGGAGGAGGGUGGCAGCGGGCGGAGGUGGGCACAGGCGGGAUGUCACGCGGCUGUCACAACACCGCCAGGUUUGCCACUCAAGCCAUCCCUGCUAAAGCGUGUGUAGAGCGGCCGGUGCUGGACGUCACUAAGGCCAAAGUUGACACCAGGACCACCACCGUGACCUUCAGUGACAACACAUCCUCCGCCUUCCCCUUCGUGUGGCUGCGGGAGAACUGCCAGUGCUCCACAUGCUUCCAGAGUGACGCCAUUGCCAGACUCUUCCUCAUAGACGACCUCGAUGUCCACAUUCAGCCCAAGGAAGUCCAGGUGACGGACGGCUCCCUCAGGAUGGAGUGGCCAGACGGGCAUGUCAGCGUCUUCACAGGGGAAUGGCUGCGUCGCCGAGCCUUCACUCCAGAUUCCAGGGCAGCUCAGCGUACCUGGUGCAUGUUGGAGAAGAAGUUGUGGAGCAGCGAGUUCGAAGUUCCACGAAGCAAGUACAGCACGGUGAUGCACAAUGACAAGGCGCUACUGGACUGGCUGGUGGUGCUGGAGAAGUAUGGCGUGACGGUGGUGGAGGAGGCGCCUAGGAGGGUCGGUGCCAUCAAUGACUUCAUCGAGCGGCUGGGCGUUCUCAAGCCCACGCAUUACGGGAGAGACUACGAGAUCGUGACGCACGUGACGCCCAACAACCUGGCCUACACUGGCGCCAGGUUGGGACUGCACACUGACCUGCCCUACUGCGAGUACCCGCCAGGGACCACGUGGCUACACUGCAUCAGACAGUGCAUGGGGGAGGGCGGCGAGAACGACCUGAGUGACGGAUUCUACGCGGCGGAGAAGCUGAAGGAGAGACACCCGCAUCACUUCGAGACGCUGGUCAACACACCCAUCUACUUCCAGGACCGAGGUUACGCUCUGUAUGACUUCGACAAGAUCACCCCGAGGACCAGCAUUAGCCUCGACCACUUGGGAAAGAUCUGCCGCAUCCACGUGUCCUCGCAGUCCAGAGACUCGCUCAUGGACUUAGAUCCCGAGGGGGUGAUCAGGUUCUACGAGGCUCUCAAGGCUUACAACGAUAUGCUGAGGGAGUCUGGCGUGCUGGUCAAGAGUAAGCCAGGAGACAUCCUCAUCAUUGACAACACGCGGGUGCUCCACGGCCGGACGCCCUUUGAUCCCAGCAUCUCAGAGGGGCCGCGCCACAUCCAUAACGCCUACAUUGACCUGGACGACCUUCGCUCCAAACGACGGAUUCUUCAGGAAAAACUUGGCAUUGAGCUCUCGUAAGGGUGAGGGAAGGAGUAAGGGAGCGCUGGGACCGUGUGAGUGAUUCUGUGUUUCACAUUCCUCAGAAUUGUUAGGAGAGGAGUUUUAACUCUUUCACUGCGAUACACUUCAAUUCUAACCACCAAAAUCAAUGUAUGGAGUCUUUAUAAGCAUCUACAAGAGCGACGAGGAUAAAGAAAAGAAUAGAUUCUGCCGUUUUUAGCCAAUAAAAUUAUUGGAAGUGGCUGUGGAACAAGAAAAGAUGUCCUGAGUGGUCAGUGAUUAGGGAAAGAUGUGGCAAAUAGCAGUGAAAAGGUUAAGACAUCUCUGGAAUAGUUUCAAGAGGGGAAUGUCAAGGCAGCUUCCUGUUUAUUUCAAGAGAAGAAUUAUUGUUUCAAGAAAGGAAUGCCAAGACGCCUUCCUAUCAAGAGAAGCAAGAGAAGCAGCCAAGUAUCAAGAGACUUCCUUAUCUAUUUCAAAAGAAGAGGAACUGUUUCAAGAGAAGAAUGUCGAGGCACCUCCGUAAUUAUUUCAAGAGAAGAGGAACUGUUUCAAGAGCUAAGUAUUAAGACAUCUUCGGAACUAUUCCAUUAAUAUUUUUGAUUUAAGAUGACGAAGCUGUAUGUGCCUAGGUGAGUAUAAGAAAAAAAUGAAAACAUGGGAUUAUCAUGGGAGUUUUUUUCCUUUUAAUCAUACAGAAUCCUUCAUUAUUUAAUUAUCGUUUCUGUGUGAAGCUUGUGGCUAACUUCCUCACUGGAAACGUUUUGUGGUCUUGUAUCUUUCUUUCCAAGGCUUCACUCAGCAAUAAACUCAAGUAAGC